AUGAACAAAUUUGUGAGGCAAGACCUUACCACCGUUAACGUAGACUUCGUCCUUAACGGUAACAUCCUCACCCAAAACAGUGACACCUUCAAGUCUGGCCCAUUUACCGACGGUGGAGUUCCAGCCAACAAUGGUGGACUUCACCCAAGCGUGAUCCUUGAUUUGCGAGUUCUUGAGAAUUGUGGAUCUUUGGAUUCUGACACCGUCUCCGAUGAUACAGUUUGGUCCAAUAACGACGUUAGGACCAAUCUUGCAGCCCUUACCGAUCUUGGCAGACUUGUCGAUCAAGACAUUGCCACCGUUGAUGUAGUCCUCAGAAGUGGAGGUGAGCAAAGGAGAGUUCUUCUUGGUCAAAGCAGAAAGUUUCUUGUUCUCAACCAAGAUUGGGAAGGUCUCGUGUUCAAUAGAAGUUGGUCUCAUCUCAAUCAAGUCGAUAACGGAUGGGUUCAAGACGUAGAUACCAGCGUUGAUUCUGUUACCAACAAACUCGACUGGCUUCUCAACGAAUCUCUCGAUAAGGUUUGGAACGUCUCUGUCGUGGACAAUGACACCGUACUUGGAUGGCUCAUCGACCUUGGUGGCGACGAUAGUAGCCUCUCCACCGUGGUCAGUGUGGAACUUGAGCAAGUCGGUGAGUGGGUACUCACAGAUAACGUCAGAGUUCAAAACGAAGAUUGGAGUGUCAUCCUUGGUCAAGAUCUUCUCAGCGAGUUUGAGAGGACCAGCAGUGCCCAAAGGCUCCUCCUCGACAGAAAAGGUGAUGUUAACACCGUAUUCCUUCUCGUAUUGCUUCAAAGCACCAACCAUAACUUCUGGCUUGUAGUUGACAGCCAGAACAAUAUCGGUACAACCAGCGUUGGCCAAAGCUUCGAUUUGGUGCAAGAUCAUAGGUCUGUUACCAAACUCAACAAGUGGCUUUGGGAGCGACAAGGUCAAAGGUCUCAAACGAGUACCAUAACCACCAACCAAGAUUAA